AUGUUUCUCAAGAUAAAAAUGGGUCAUCAUAUUUUACUUUUCCUAUUGAUACUUAUAAAAAAGUUAUUCAACUUUACAAUUACUUCUUAUUUUGCCCUUAUAUUUUUCUCUCAUUUAAUGUGUAUACGUCCAAAUAUAUAUUUUAGGUAUUUAUCAUCACCUUGCAAUUACUAAUUGGCUUUGUUUCCUAUGA